AUGUCUGUGGUUCAGCGCUUGGAGCCCAAGGAGGAUGAGCCGUUCAACGCCUACCAACCACAGCACGAACCGACCUGCCUGCCCGACACCCGCGUCGACCUCCUCCACGAGAUACACGACUGGGCCGAUGGCGAAGACUCGCCAGCGGGUCCUAUCCAAUACGGGCUUACCCAAGUGCGGAGGGACGAACACCGAGACUUUGCGCUUCACGAUAUUAGGCCCUCGAUCAUAGAACACGAUAUUGCCGUGUUCUUAAGAUACCAGCUUAGACUCGUCGGACAAAAGUGUGAGUUCAAGGCUGGCUGGCCAGAGGAGCAAGCUGUUGCACGUCUGGUGCAGAACUCAGGUGGGCUGUUCAUCUGGGCUGCAACAGCCUGUCGAUUCGUCGGAGAAGACAGCCAGCUUGCAGAAGCACGCUUGUCUUCGCUUCUUCAUCAUGGAGGCAACAGGAUGCUUCCGCCAGAACGCAAACUUGAUGAGAUCUAUACCACCGUCCUUGCUAGUUCCGUCCAAGGGGAUUACAGCGAAGCAGAAAGCCAGAUGCUUCACGAGCUGUUUCGCCAAGUUGUUGGACCUAUCGUCACGCUACAAGAUCCGCUGUCUGUAGCUAGUCUUGCGGAGCUGCUUGGGAAAGAUGUCGCAACUUUGAAGAGGACCUUGGCCAACUUGCAUUCGGUUCUCGAUGUGCCAGAAGUCGAGUCAAAUACCGUUCGGCUGCUCCACCCAUCGUUCCGCGACUUCCUUCUGAACCAGAGUAGAUGCUCGGAUCCGCGGUUUCACAUCGAUGGGCGACUGGUCCACUGUGAAAUAUACAAGCGCUCCCUCCAAGUACUGUCGAAGCACCUGCGGCGUGAUAUGUGCAAUCUCCGACAUCCAGGAGCUCGUACGGCCGACUUGAGCAGGACCGAAGUAGACAGACACAUUCAACCUCAUGUCCGGUACGCUUGCCGGUUCUGGGUGUACCACUGUAGAAGAAGCGACAUAGACACAAGCAGCUGCAAUGAUGUCGAAAUGUUCCUCAAAAAGCACUUCCUUCAUUGGCUUGAAUCGCUUGCAUUGCUUGGUCGUGUGUCUGAUGGGGUUGAUAUGGUUCAUAUACUCGAUUCGAUGUUUUCGGUAAGAGGUCCUUCGCCUGGAGGGAUGACAACUGUAGCUGACCUGCAAGACCAAGCAAACGGGACCACCGCAGAUACGAUCAAAACUGCGUGA